CUCGAAUUACUGCUAGCGUCGCUUCAACGCGCCGUGCAAACGUCCCAAAAAUUCUACGCGAUCGUGAAGAUGAAAAGAGCGCGACAGACGUACCUUGCACACCUCGACGAUGGCAGCACACUCUCAGCCCUCUCCAGUCUGUCCUCAGCGCCUGCGUGGAUCCGUCACAAACAUCAGUCAAAUACUGUGGGAAAGUCAAAUAAAGCUCGCCGAAGCGUGCUCUCUCUCUCUCUGUGUGUGUGUCACCAGAUACACAAGUCGCAUGCGCACACGUGAGCACCUGUGAGGAAGCAGACGGACGGGUUUCUGACACUCCCUCACAUAGACACGUGCUCAGAGUCUAGGUAACAUCACCAAAAAAGCGUGAAUGUUUAGACACGUCUCACUGGGUGAGGGCGACAAGGAAUGCACACAAACACUCAUUGAGAAGCAGAGAGAGACGAGCGGACGGCCACUGACUGACCGACCGGCCGCGCUCGGACCCGCAGCUCAGAUGUCUGAGGUCACAUCCUCUCGGCUCGCGUUUCCGAGAUUGUGCGCUACAACUCUUAAAUGAAACAUCAAGUGACACCAUAUUUUUAACAUCUUUUCUAUGUGUGAAGAUGGAGGGUGUCCUGGGUGUUACGCUGCAUGUGUGUGUGUGCAAACUGAUGAGCAGCAUGCUGUUGUGUCCGUCUGUAAUGACACACACCGUCACUGCGGUCAGUCUGUGCUGCAGCUGCCUGCUGUUAUUUACAGACCUCGUUGUCACUGUGUUUUUGCUCUACGUCUGGUUCAUGGAGUCCUGGUUGACGCCUCUUCACACGUCUUCAGACAUCAUCGCCCUUCGGUUUCUGCUCUUCCUUUGCAAGGCCUACGGAGUCGUGCUGCUGCUGAUGCCUCCUUUGAUUGCUGUGGAGUUGUUGUUCGAUCUGCUGUGUCCUCAAGGAGGUCAAACAAAGGGACGAGAUGCAAGUGAAUCCCUCUCUAGUAGAAUUGGCUAUUUAGGAUGUUUUCUAGCGUGGUGCGUGAGCGGGAUCUACAGCAGCCACGACUGGAUGCUGGAGCAGAUCUCAGUGGAAAUAUGUCUGGGAAAAGGUGGCCAUCUUCUUUCCUGCCUUUCCAGCGCUGAAGAGUUUUCAUGGGUUCUUCCUUCUAUGGUGGUGCUGUUGAGUCUAACGGGGAGCCUGGGUCUGUUCAGGACAAAGGCGUCCAGAAGAUUGCCUGACUCAUCUAAAAACACACAGAUGGGCGAGAAAAAGGACUAUUCGGGCCCCGGGCUAAUGCAUAUGUCGCAAACUCUGGUUGACUCAGAAAAAACAGCCGGCAGCUGCGGCGUUCACAUGGCUGGAUUUGUGAACAGCAAGCCACAUCGGAUCCGUCCUGGGAACAGCGGACUGUGCACUCGACAAACCAGUUCGGCAGACAAUAUCCAGGAACAAAAGCAAUCGCCCUGCCUCGCAACUCUAGUACAGCUCAAGACCGUUCUUCUUCUGGAAGUCACGUCAUCGCCUGUCUUUUACAGGACUGAAGCGAAGCCUCAAAGCAGACGCUGUGGGUUUCCAGACUUGGAAAGUCCCCGCUCGGGGCGAGAAAUCUUCAGAGGGUUGGCAUGCGUGGCUCUGUUUUGUGUUUUUCCCACAGUCGUCAGCGCUAAUAUUCUCCUAAUCUUUAACCUAGAGAAUCUGCUGGUGUACAGCUCCAAACUCUUAUCUCUGUCAAAUAGAGAUACAUCUAUAAUCAAAUAAAAAAACUGUACAAUUGUAUACCCUCUGGUGCACUUUGGUCUUUUUGGACCAAAAAUUUCACAUUUUCUUUUUAGAAUUGUUUACUUCGUUCGAACCUUCGUCACAGGUUCAAGUACUU